AUGAGAUCGAAUUGGAGCCUAUUAGGUCUUCUACUACUUGGCGGAAUUAUACAGUCAUUUUCACAGGAUGAAAAUAAGACCGAUGGCCCCACAAAUGAUCCGACCACCCUUAAUCCUGCAGGAGAUGAACCUAAGACCGAUGCCCACACAGAUGACCCGACCACCCCUAAGUCUUCAGACGAUGCACCUAAGACCGAGACCCACCCAGAUGGCGCGACAACCCAUAAACCUUCAGAAGAUGCACCUAAGACCGAGAGCCACCCAGAUGACGCGACCACCCGUAAACCUUCACAGAGCGCCAAUGAGACAAAUGACGUGAUCGUUUAUAAUUGUGAGCCUGACGAAGUGAUGACCCAGAACAAGGGAUGUGUUAAUCGGGAUGAACUUCUUGAUAGUGUGGUGAAUCGUGUUUGGGAUGAUGAGAAUCUGGAUGAUGCAAAGAAGAAGGCUGGUUUUAUGGAUAAGAUCAAAUGUAAAGAUAACGAGAUACUUACUCCUUUCGGUUGCGCGGAGAAGCCAAGAGCCGCGCAUCGACGUUCACACCGAGCUCCAGUCGGUUUUAAUAUCCUGGCUGGUAAUAAGGUGCUCAAAGCCGGAAGCGAUAAAGCUACAUACAACUUGGAGGAGCCGCUUGAACCGCGACAUUCAAACAACCAGCACCAUCACGGUUCCAAUAGGCCUGGCGCUCAUGGCAGCUCCGAUAAAUCCAAUGGGCCAGAUACAAAGCUUUAUGCACACAAUAGACCGAGAAAGUACGUUUUUCUGCCGGGUCGUCGGCUCAGUAGUGGACGACGGUGUCGACCAUAUGAGGUCAUGGGCCGCAAUCAUCGCUGCAUACGCAAGCGUGGCAAGAAUGGCGUUUAUAAGCACAAGAAUCACAAGUAUGGCUUGCAGCUGCGGCAUCGUCACCCGGCCGCCACGGAGUAGGACUUCAGCUGACCUUGAUGCCAAAAAGCUACCUGGCUUCGGCACAAGGGGAAAGUAGUUUGAGGGAAAUUUCAGUGUCCAACAAAACAAUUUUGUAAAUAUAAUAGAUAUUAAAGCAGUAAAAGCUUCUUCUUUAGAUUGAAACUAUUAA